AUGUCUCGGUUGAAACAACUUGUCAAAUAUGCAGGUCGUAAUCUAGCAUUUGGACAGAAUGCAUCCCAAAGUUCUGGAAACAGCGAUAGCAACUCGGCAUCAAGUGCAGUUGAUGGUGUAUUUAAGACAGACAGGUGGGACCGCUGCACUUCCACCGGGGUCUCUAAUACUCCGUGGUGGACUUUAAACAUUGGCAAGAUGAAAAAGAUUGACUACGUUGACAUCCUUGAAUUAUACAAGGUUUAUAUUCGUGCCUACCAAUUCUGGGCUUCCAACGAUUCGUCAGAUUGGGAAAUGGUACAUGAUGAUAAGGGAAUCAAUCCCCCAGUCACGGAAUUCAGGACCAAUUGCCUUGACUACGACUGCGGGUUUGACUGUGCUACACCGUGUCAGUGUCAAAAUAUGACACAAGUGACACUAUCAGACAGAAUGUCAGGUAUCUGCCCAUUUGGAUGCCUUGGAAGAUGGACAGGUGCAAAUGGCACGUGUAACAAUGAAUGCAAUUCAACUCAAUGGGGAGAUCAGUGCGAGAAGACUUGUGGCUUUUGUUCGAACCAGGACUCAUGUGACGUUAUAUCUGGUGACUGUCCUAGUGGUUGUAUGCCUGGUUAUAAGAGCCCUAAAUGUAUCAGAGGGUCUGUAUGUAGAAAGACAGAUGGCUACUGCACGGGUGGUUGCGUGCCGGGAUUCUUUGGCAAUAUAUGUGAUAAAGAAUGUAAUGAUGAUACAUACGGACCAGGCUGUUUAUUGAAUUGCAGCCAGAACUGCAAGACAGGAUAUGUCUGUAAUAGGACAAAUGGUUAUUGCACAGAUGGUUGCGUUCCGGGAUACACCGGUGAAAUAUGUGAUAAUGCAUGUUCGGAAGGGUUUUAUGGAGAAAACUGCCAAUCACAGUGUAGUUCUAACUGUGAUGGAGGAUUUACGAAUUGCAACAAAGUUAAUGGUUCUUGCAUCUUAGGCUGCUCUGCUGGAUGGACGGGAAACAUGUGUAACGAAACAUGUAAAGAGGGGCUUUACGGGAACAAUUGCCAGAUACAAUGCAGCUCACACUGUUAUGGAGGACUUGCGAACUGUAACAAAGUGAACGGUUCUUGCGUCUUCGGUUGCAGCGCCGGCUGGACGGGAACCAGGUGUGAUGAAGAUUGUUCGGAAGGGUAUCAUGGUGAAAACUGUCAACAUGAAUGCAGCGGUAAUUGUAAGGGAGGAGUCGGUAAUUGCGACAAGGAGACUGGUACCUGUUUGUACGGAUGCGUUGCGGGAUGGAUAGGGAACUCGUGUGACAAGAUAUGCCUAAGUGGUCAAUGGGGCUUGAAUUGCACUAACACUUGUGACAACUGCCUCUUAAAAACGUGCCAACAUACAGACGGAGUUUGUUACAAAGGAUGCAUUGCUGGGUAUAAACAAACAGCGCUGUGUGAUGAAAAAUGUGACAAUGGAACAUAUGGUAUGAACUGCGCUAGUGUUUGUAGUGACAACUGCCAAGAUGUUUGUAAUAAAAGUAAUGGUAACUGCAAACUGUGCAAAGCAGGUUGGAACGGACGUUCUUGUGAAACCGAAUGUCAAAAUGGGACAUACGGGGAAAAUUGCAAAAUAAAAUGCGGAAAAUGUAAUAAUGACACAUGUGACAGAUUCAACGGAACAUGUGAGGGGGAUUGUCAGCCAGGGUUUCAACCCCGUGGUCUUUGUAAUGAAGAAUGCGAAAUUGGACGGUAUGGUGUUAACUGUUUAGAUGAAUGUAGUCCGCAUUGUAUCAAUACCACGUUGUGUAGUACAACAGACGGUCACUGCGGGACAUGUGAGCCAGGUUGGAAGGGUAGUGCAUGUAAAAAUGAAUGUGAAGUUGGAAGGUUUGGAGAAAAGUGCUUGGGAGUUUGCAGUCAAAACUGCGAAAACGUAUGUAGUAAGAUAAAUGGGCAAUGCCAACAGUGUAAACCUGGGUGGACAGGGCUUUCAUGUGAACUAGUGUGUCCAGACGGUCAGUAUGGUGUAAACUGUUCACAUAUUUGUAGUCCUUACUGUUCGAAUGAAACUUCUUGUCGUAAAGUAGAUGGACAUUGCGAGGAGUGUAAACCUGGCUGGCAAAGAACCCGUUGUGACGAAGAAUGUGAGUUUGGCUGGUACGGAGUUAACUGCAGAGGACAGUGUAGGCAACACUGUGGGAACAUGAUCUUAUGUAGUAAAUUUGACAGACAGUGUACUGACUGUAUGCCAGGUUGGAUUGGAAUCCACUGCGAUCAGGUUUCGGUGGCGGUCUCUCAAAAAUCUCAGUCACAAGUGGGCGGAAUUGUAGGCGGUGUCUUAGGCGUUGUGCAGUCGUGA